UAUCAUAUCAACACGGGACAGGGGACAACUGAGAGAUGGCUGUAUACCAGAUUGGGGAAGUGAGAGAAUUCCUCACCUGUGUGAUUUGCCAGGAACUGUACACAGACCCCUGUACACUGAGGUGUGAUCACACAUUUUGCAGGAAAUGUGUCACUGCAUACAUCCAAACCAGACCAGAUGCUGUACAGUCCAAGACGAUCCCUUGUGCCUUCUGUCGACAAGAUACCAAGGUCCCCCACCCCAGCCGGCCAGUGGAGGAGUGGGCGGGGCAGAUCAAACCAAGCAUCAUUAUACAGGGGCUGAUUGACACACAAGCCGACGUUGUCAAAACGGGUUCUGCUUCAUGUUGCUCUGUGUGUGAGAAGUUAGGGGAGACAACACCGGGAGCCUCAUGGUGUUCUGAGUGUCAAGUGUCCCUCUGCGAGAGAUGUGUCAAGAUACAUCGUGCAAGUCCAGCAUCACAUGACCAUGAAAUCUGUGACCUUUCAGGAGAGGUCAAGGUGAAGAGGAGACGCAAGGUCAUGUGCAGGGAACACAAGGAUGAGGUUAUAAAGCUUGUGUGUAAAGACUGCCACAAAGCUGUGUGUCCGACAUGUUGUGUUAUUUACCACAGGCAAUGUGAGUCUGUCAUUACCAUAGAGUCAAUGAUGCCAACUAUGAAAUACCACUUGAGAAAAAGCGCGGAACAGUUAUCAAAGAAAAUACAUAGAAAACAUACAAUUGUUCAGAAAACAAACAAGAAGGUUAGCGGAAUUGAGAAAAACAAAAUAGCAGUAGAAAAGGAUAUCAAAUCUGUUGUUGAGAGAGCCAUCGCCAACAUCAAGCAGAAAGGAAAACAACUGAUGAAUGAAGUCAAGGAUAUUACAGACAAACAAACCAAGGAACUUAAAGUAGAUGUAAAACUUGAAGAGAUUGAGAUGCAGAUGUACAGACAACAUUGUGAGUUCAUUGACCAGGCAUUGGUAUCGGACUGUGAGAUGGACCUGUAUGACGCGUAUCAGGCCUGGGAGUCGGGGGCUGUAGAGUUGGGGGAUGUCAGGGACACAGACACAGCAGACACACGGAGAAUAGAUGAAAUCAGGUUUACACCUGACACUGACAACGUCCAGCACAUCCUAGAUGACCUACAGCUGGGGAGGAUUGACGUCACAUACCAGGAUCAGGGCACAUGUCUGCCUUCUCCAGUGCUGAUGGACGUGAUAGAUGGGAGGAUGGCGGGUGAUGAGGGGGAGCCUGCUCUAUGUGACGUCACAGUUCUGGUUGUAGAUGGCAUACAGACAGUUGUGGUCACUGACUUAAAUAACAAGUGUGUGAAAUCCUUCUACACCAGAAACAACUUGACAUGCAAAAGUAAACUUCCCCUGGAUAACUUUCCAUGUGGUGCAACACAUUUGAAGGAGAAGCAGGUGAUGGUUACUGUCCCUGACUCAAGUCAGAUUGUUACAGUGGAAGUGACCCCUGACCUGGUGCUGCUCUCAACCAUCACAACAAGCAUGGACUACUACAGUCUCGCUGUUCUGACUCCUUCAUCUCUAGCAGCAGGUACUACCGCCUGUGUUGACAUCCUGGACAUGGCAGGACACGUGCUGAGGUCAGUCACUACACACAACAAUGAGACGCUGUUUGCCUCCCCCACCGACAUUUGUGUCAACAACAAGGGCAACAUACUCGUGUCUGACUGGGGGAAGAAGUCUGUGACAUGUGUGACGUCAGAGGGGGAUGUUGUGUGGAGAUACGCCCCUACUGGAGACAGAGCACUUAGCCCUUAUGGUAUCUCAACUACUCUAACAGGAGACAUCCUGCUUGCAGGCAUCAGUAAUGUUACAAGGCUGACAGAGACAGGGGAUUAUGUCACAGAUCAUCAGGACAUUGACUGUGAUCCACAAGGAUUGUAUGUCGAUAGACAUGACACACUGUAUGUUUGUGGUGGAGGUCAGACACACGAAAUCAACUUCAUGUAGUCACAUCAACCACUGCAUGCUUUCAAUCAUCGGUAUCGCUGGUGUUAAAUGCACUAUAAGAAAUCAAAAUGGUCUUUUCCGAUUGGGGUGUGAAUGAUCAUACAAAGGUGUAUCCAUAGACAUUAUUUUCACAUCAUUACACAUAACAUUAGGCAAGACAAGACAAUUUAUUCAGUAUAGAGGCCAGUGGCCCAAAAUACAGACAUAUAAAGGUUUCAUUUCAUAGCGCUACUUUACACACACACACAC